UAACUAUCCGUUGCUAGGUCAUAUGAAACAUUUGUUUAGUAAUUUUCUAAAUAAGAAGAUCGAAUCAUACCCGAAUUUACAUAGGUUAUUGUAUUAUUUAUACUUCUAUUUAUUUUUGGAAUUAACUAUACGCAUUUGUACUGCAACCGUUGUUAACAAACUAAAGUGAGGUUAUUUUUGUCGAAGCAGGAUGCCACGGAACGAAAAGUUGCCACUUGCCCCCGCAUGCUAGUUGUACACUUGGCUAAUGUCAUAAGCACUCGAGCAUGGCUGCAUAUUUAAAUCGCACUGUCUCUAUGAUGGCCGGUGAUGGUCCCCAUAAUCGGGCACCAUUAUCGACGCUUAACGACCGAACAGUUCGAACCCCUUCGACUGACAAUUCUCCGUUGCAGAUCUUUGUGAAGGCUAAAAAGAAAAUAAACGACAUAUUUUUGGAAAUUGAAGAUUAUGUUAACGAUACCGUCAUUUAUAUGAAAAAAAUAGAGGAAGAUCAGCACAUAAUAGACAAAGAGCAAGUGAAACAAAUCGAUACAUUUAAAGCAAAAGUGCUGGGAAUAAAGGAUGUAUUGGCACGAGAUCACAUGAAAGUAGCAUUUUUCGGUCGAACUUCAAAUGGUAAAAGUUCAGUUAUUAAUGCAAUGUUAAGGGAUAAAAUUUUACCUAGCGGAAUUGGCCAUACAACAAAUUGUUUUUUACAAGUCGAGGGAUCUCCCACUGACGAACCGUACCUGGUGCUGGAGGGCUCUACUGAUCAUUGUGCAGUGGAAUCCGUCGGGCAACUGGCGCACGCCUUAUGCAAGGAAAAGUUGAACGAAUCUCAGUUGGUGAAAGUGUAUUGGCCACGAAACCGAUGUGUUCUUCUACGAGACGAUGUUGUGUUUGUCGAUUCGCCUGGUGUAGAUGUGUCUCCGAAUUUGGACGAGUGGAUUGAUAAACACUGUUUGGAUGCGGAUGUUUUUGUGUUGGUGGCUAAUGCCGAGUCAACACUGAUGGUUACGGAAAAAAAUUUCUUUCACAAAGUGUCCACUCGUCUCUCAAAACCAAACAUUUUCAUCUUAAAUAAUAGAUGGGACGCAUCUGCAAACGAGCCUGAAUUUUUAGACCAAGUACGGCGACAGCACCAGGAACGAGCGAUCGACUUCUUGGUUAAGGAACUGAAAGUUUGUACGGCGAAGGAGGCUGAAGAACGCAUCUUCUUCAUAUCCGCAAAGGAGGCUUUACUCGCGAGACUGUCCGAACGAGGUCACACUAGUCCCACUCCCUUGGCCGACGGUUUCCAAACGAGAUAUUUCGAAUUUCAAGAUUUCGAACGUAAAUUUGAGGAGUGCAUUUCGAAAUCGGCCGUAAAGACUAAAUUCGAACAGCACACUCAGCGCGGGCGAUUUAUUGCUACCGAGUUGAAGGAAUCGUUGGAUAAGAUUUACACAGAUGCUCAAAAGAUAAAAGAUGAAAAGAUAGAAAAACGAAAAGACCUUCACGAUAAAAUGAAUUACACCGAGCAACAGUUGAUGCUGAUAACUCACGAAAUGAAGCAAAAAAUUCAUCAUAUGGUAGAAGACGUAGAGCAGCGCGUUUCGAAGGCGCUGAACGAAGAGAUUCGCCGAUUAAGUAAUCUCGUUGACGAGUUUAAUUUACCUUUCCAUUCGGAGCCGUUAGUGUUAAACGUUUACAAAAAGGAACUACAUGCGCAUGUCGAAAAUGGCUUAGGAUCAAAUCUGAGAGCGCGAUUAUCGACGGCCUUAGCGUUAAAUAUGGAAACCAGUCAACAGGAAAUGACGGACCGCGUCGAAUCGCUAAUUCCGCCAUCGCAACGCGGCAUGACCGGCGUCAUAGCGCCGCGAAGGCAACCGUUUGAGAUUCUGUACAGAUUAAAUUGUGAUAACUUAUGCGCAGAUUUCCGCGAAGAUCUCGAAUUUAGAUUUUCGUGGGGAAUAACGGCGUUAAUACAGAGAUUCUCGCGGGGAAAUACCGCCCUUACAAUUAAAAACAAACGCGAAAGUCCCACUUCCUCGCUCAUCCCAAUGACACCGACCGAACCUUUGGACGGAAGGUUGCUGUUGGGUAGCGCGAGCACUGAGGAUUGGUCCAUCUUAACCAAAAUGGCCUUGGCGAGCGCAAGCUCGCAGGGUACAAUGGGCGGUCUGUUACUAGCUGGAGUUUUAUUAAAGACGGUGGGCUGGAGAAUUAUCAUAUUCACCGGUACUGUAUAUUCCUGUUUGUAUUUGUACGAACGGUUGACGUGGACAAAUAAGGCCAAGGAAAAAUCGUUCAAGAAGCAGUACGUCGCGCAUGCAACGCGAAAACUGCGAAUGAUAGUAGAUUUGACUUCGGCGAAUUGCAGCCACCAAGUACAGCAGGAGUUGAGCGGAAGCUUCGCGCGUCUGUGCCAUCUUGUCGAUGAGGCUACUAGUGAAAUGGACAAAGAACUUAAAGAGUUAGAAACCCAAGUGAACGGAUUAGAAAACGCCGCAGGCCGUGCGAAGGUAUUACGAAACAAAGCUAAUUACCUUUUACAUGAAUUGGAACUAUUUGAGGACGCUUAUCUGAAACUGCAACACUAGAGUUCUUAUCGGUUGUACUGUAGAAUUCCUUUCUAGUUUCUAGUAGACCGUUUUUAUGUAAUAUUUCCUAAGCGAAUGUUGUUGUUCUGAUUUAAUUUAAACACUUGUUAUUUGGCUCUAUUUUUAAUACUUACUGUAUAUCUUUACAUAUUGUUACACCCAGAAUGUUUAAACAAACAGUGCUAGUCAUUCUGUUAACUAAUAAUGGAUGUAAAUGAAGAGGUACUAAGA